CAUUAUUCUCUUAUUCUUUCUUUCUUCUCCUGUAUAAGUGCCUUUUUCUUUAUAAUAUUAACAAGCAAAAUAAAAUGAUGAUCAUCAAUACGCUGUCAAUCACAACCCUUUUACUGUGCCUGGCUACAGGAUCCAAUGCUUCUCAGGGGGGGAAUUUUGCAACCUUUGAAGAAGAGCACUUGCAUGACACCCAUCAGAUCCAAAGUGCAGAUGAAAUGUCAUUCUUCAAGAUUCAUGAUCUCAAUGGCGAUGGUUUCUGGGAUGCACAUGAACUUCGUGCAAUGUACGGUCUCGAACGUGACAUUGAUCCCGAUGCAAAGCACAUAAGGACUAUUAUCGAUCGUGUGUUUGAAGAUCUCGACAAGGACCUUGAUGGGUAUGUCUCAAUGGCCGAAUACAUGACCACAAAACUCCCAAAUUGGACAGAGGAGGAAAAGGUGGCAGACAAAAUGUGGAAAGAAGAGCAUCCAUAUCAAUCAACAAACGAAAACGAACAGAAUGAUGCUAGUCAGCAUGUAUUCAAGGCCGAGAUUGAAGAUGAUUUGCCCGAGACUCACACUCCUCAAUGGGAAGAUGCAGUAGAAGAAGGCCACAUUCCUGACAAGUACAGAGACUAAAAAAAAAAAGAAGAAUGGGUACAAUAAAACCAAAGAGGUGAAAUUGUAUAUUUUGAUCCUGGAUCCUGGAUCCUGGACCCUGAAUUUUGUGAAUGUAUUAUUUACUGUAUAAUACACAUGUGCUUAUUAAUAUGAGUACAAGUAUGUGUAUGUGUUAGCUGGCUAACAGAAACAAAAUCAAAGCCAAUAAAAUAUUGAAUAAACUCUU